AUGAUUACCUUUGUCCCCUUCGGGGUGACAUACGAAAAAAUUGGAACGAUACAGAGAAGAUUAGCAUGGCCCCUGCACAAGGAUGACACGCUUUCCCAGAGUGGUAGACCUACGGGUCUCAAUAUUUAUUUUUGUCUGAUUCCCCAAAGUCAGGCAUCUUGA